CUAAUCGCGACGACCUCCUCUCUCUCUCUCUUUCUCUCUCUCUCAAAACCAAACCCUAAAAGCCUCUCUCUCCGCCCUAUUUGCCUCCAGAUCUCACCCCUCUCCAUAUAAAAACUCCUCUUUUUGAAAUCUCCCCCCUAUAAAUCAACUUUCGUCACCACGGCCUACUCAAAUUUCAUCUGUUUUGAUCCCGAUCGCCUCUGGAAUCAUCCAAUCCGAAGAGGAACCGGCGGAUUUGGUGUGGAAUUGGGAGAGAGUUAGAUCCGUCUCCUUCCUCGUUCCUGCCCGAGAUCCCUGGUGUUCUCUUCUUCAAUCCCUCCGAUCUUGCAGUCCUUUGCUUAUCUUGAUCAGAUUGGUCGAAAAAAACCCUUUUACCUUAAAAUAAUCGGUUCUUUUAGUUAAAAAUUGGCCUUUUUCUUCAAAACUUCGUGUUUUUCGGUGUUUUAAAGAAGAAAAACAUAAAAAUAAGGAUUUUUUAUUGAUCUUAUAAGAUCGACAGAGAGGAAUCAAAUCGAAAAAACUACAGAUUUGAAGGUAUUGGAUAGAUUUUUGAGAUCAAGUGAGCUGAAAUCUUUGAGGAAUUUUGGUCCGGUUGGUCCUUUAAGAGGAAGGAUUUGAGGGGUGGAGCAUGGCUGAUCAGGUCGGGGAGGGGAGCCAGCCGGUUGAUCUCUCCAAGCACCCUUCUGGCAUUGUUCCUACACUCCAAAAUAUUGUUUCAACUGUUAAUCUGGACUGCAAGUUGGACCUUAAAGCAAUAGCUCUGCAGGCCCGUAAUGCGGAAUACAAUCCCAAGCGUUUUGCUGCAGUAAUCAUGAGAAUAAGAGAACCCAAAACCACCGCAUUGAUAUUUGCAUCAGGAAAAAUGGUUUGUACAGGAGCAAAGAGUGAACAACAAUCCAAACUUGCAGCAAGGAAGUACGCUCGGAUCAUUCAGAAGCUCGGGUUUCCUGCUAAAUUCAAGGACUUCAAGAUUCAAAACAUUGUUGGUUCAUGUGAUGUCAAAUUUCCAAUAAGACUGGAGGGCCUUGCGUAUGCCCAUGGUGCUUUCUCCAGUUAUGAACCAGAGCUCUUUCCUGGUCUGAUCUAUCGGAUGAAACAGCCAAAAAUUGUGCUACUUAUCUUUGUUUCGGGCAAAAUAGUUCUUACAGGAGCCAAGGUGAGAGAUGAGACAUAUACUGCCUUUGAGAACAUCUAUCCAGUCCUCACGGAAUUCAGGAAAAUCCAGCAAUGAUUCUCUCAAGAGACACUGAUGCUAAUAUUUGGUGCUCCCAACUGUAUAUAUCUUGAAACUGUCCAGACAAGUUUGGUUGUGAGAUUUGACAGUCUAAGCUAUACAUAUGUAUGCGAUACGGAUUUUGCGCCGUUGUAUGAGUAUCUUGAGUCAUGUUUAAUGGUCUAGAGACUAGAGAGCAAAAGAGCCAACAGCUCAUUACUUCAAUGUUCCAAAGGAAUCGCAAGGGCAGCAGUCAACUUGUUAUUUUGCCUCUCUUUUUUUUUUUCUUUUUUCUUUUGGUUGAACCGGAUCUUUAUUAUAUCAUCCUUGAAUAAAUACAGCCAAGAGAAUCAGCCUGUAAAAUAUUCAAAAUCUAAUUAGAGGCCACGGAGGUCCAUGAAGUGGUUCCAUA